AUGCAUGUGUCACCAAGGCAAAGGCCGAAGCCCGAGGCUUCGCAGCCACUCAACGCCAGCCCACCCCUCUCCUCCUCCUCCUCCGAGCCAGCGGCCGUGCGCCUGUACGACCUCGAUACCGUCUUUCUCUCCAAGACCGUCGUGUCUUUGACCGACGUCUUCACGCACUCCACGGAUGGCCCCUUCGACCUGUCGCCUCUGUGUGCACCGCAGCAGCGGCCUCAACAGGCAGCCGCCACAACAGCCUCGCCCCCCUACCCGGAUGGGGCGCACUCCUCGUCCUCAACAAGCGGUGCCACACCCGCGCACAUGUGCACAACAAGCCUGCCGUUCUCUGGAGGAUCGGCGCCGUUCACGUCCUCGUCGUCCAAGCUCGCCGCAUGGCGCGCGUCAACUCGUGCGGCGGCCCUGCGACCGAAGGCCGUGGCACGCGGCGCAGACGGACAGUGGCGCACCGUCUCAGCCGACCGCGGUGCGUCUACGAGCUCCGCCUCUGCCGCUGUCUGCAGCACACCGCCGCCCCAGGAGACGCACGCACGAAUGCUGCUCGUCCCGCUCGACACCUAUCACUUCCUCCUCACCUACCGCGACGUCGACGUGGCCGGGCAGUUGCGCGGCAGCUGCGACAAGCGGACCGCGAUGGCGACCGUAGAGCGCCUCUCCGCCGCCUCGCCUGGACGCCGGCCCCCGCGCAGCAGCAUCUGUGUGGUUCGACGCCUAGAGGGGGAGCAGCGGGGCGCCACCAAGGCAUCAUCAGCCGCCACGGCCGCGCUAGCAGGCGCCGCAUCGACGACGCGUCCGACCCUGUCCCGCAUCGCGCACGGCCUGCCGCUGGACGCCUUCGAUGGUUGGGUACGCGACUACACCGCCUACGGGCUGUCGUGCAACGAGGCGGUUCUGCGGGCGGUGUGGGAAGACAAGACGCGCGAGCGCACCGAGGGCGGUUCGGCAAUGCCAGCUGGGGCCGUGGUGGAGGUUGGAGAGUCGACGCCACCUAGACGCGAAUCGGCAGGUGGAGGCGGCAGCGGCGAAGAGCGCCGUGUUGCGGGCGGCGGCAACAGUCGUUGCGACAACGUCGGUGGCGUCCACAUUGGUGUCCCGUGUGCAAGCAGUGGCGCAGAGGCGACAGUCGAUGGAGCGGCAGCACUGGCGCCGCAGCUGUGUGAUGCGCCGGCGGUGUUGACGCCCACCGGUGGCGCUGCGUCAGAGGAGGGCAAAGACGCGGCUCCGUUCGCAUCUUCUGCUGCAGAGAGAGCGGCGAUGGUCUCCCCCUCGUUGGAUCGACUGCACUGCAGCAGCACCACGAGUUCCUCCUCAACCACCACGUCAACCCCAUCGCCGCCCACCGAGAGGAGCGAGGAGGGCGGCAAAGUCGGUGGCGGCGUGUCAACGACGGUGUCCGUCUCACUGGCGUCCACCGCCGCACAGCAGCAGCAGCAGAAAUAUGUGCUGUGGGAGGAGGAGCGGCAACGCACCCAGCGGGCGGCAGCGCAACUACGGCACCGCUUCCUCGUCUCUGACAGUGCGCAGCAUGCCAUCUGGGCUCUGGAAGUGGGCCUGCCUGCCAUGGAGGUGCGCGCAGUUUCACCUGCGGAGUUCUACGCGCUGGAGGUAGAGGAGAGCGACGAGGAGGAGGUGCCAGCAGCUGCCAGGCACGGCGAGGACGACGGCAACGAUGGUGACCACGAUGCGUCGGCGACACGCUGCGCUGCAGAAACACGAGAGGAUCCUGUUGCUGCACCUCCGCCUGGAGUGACGCUUCCUCGCAAGAAGACAACGUCUGCAAUCAUGCAUGGCCGCGCGGCCGCCUCAGGUCACCGCGAGUCUGUCAAGGGCGCGUCCGGCACCGACGCAUCGCGGCCGCGCUCGCCAUCGCCGGCAGAUCCACUACUGACCACCGACACCGACGAAGCAAACGGCCGUGAUGACUCCAGACCCGACGGCAGUGACGCGCGUCGCUGCUCCACGUCGGCGGCGACGCACCACGCUGGCGCGAGCUGUAGCACCCGGCGCUACGGCCGGUCCGCCUCCUCGGCCAGUCCAUCGCUUGCCAUGGCGGAGGCGGUACCCACACCACUGAUGGGCGGCGCGCGCGGCUUCGUCGAUGGCCACUUCAGUGUUGCACGCUUUAACUCGCCGGGGUCGCUCUGCUGGCGCAUCGACGACGAAGACGAUGACGACGAUGAUAAGGACGUUGCUGGUUGUGGAAGCGAAAGCACGGAUGCCGUCAUCGAUGGUGUGGCAGCAGCGUCGCCGGAGAAUCAUGGAGGAGGAGGAGGAGGUCGGGCACGCACCAGGCACGGCCGCGUCGACCCCAUUUCGCACUUUCACCGUCGCCGCCGCUGCACCGUUCUUUUUAUCAGCGACAUGGGCAACUGCGCGAUUCGGUACGCAAACUUCUACAACCGCCUCGUGCGCACCAUCACGGGCGUGGACGGCGUCCCUGGUUACCGAGAUGGCAGCUGCGCGUCGUCGCUCUUGCGUGGGGCGACAGCACUGGCCUGGUGCUCCGCUGGUCUGCUCUUCACAGACGGGGCAAACAACGUCGUGCGGCUUAUCACGAACAUCUGCAAGCGCCGGCCAAAGGGGCGCGAGCGUGGCAGCGGCGAGAGCACAGCAGGAAAAGACGCUGGCAUCCCGUUAGCACACAGCGCCACACGCGCGACUGUGUCAGAGAUGCAAAGGCCGGGCGAGCUUGAGGUGCACCACGAGACCCCGACAGCAACGGAACAGCCGCGUCGUGUCGGGGACAAACCGGCUGGCGACUCGCUCGACACCCGCCUUCCCACUGCAACGGAGUCGCAGGACGGAGCGCUGCAAGAACGGCCGCCUGCAGCGCCGUCAUCGACGUGGAAGCGCGACGGCCCGGCGGCCGCGAUGCCGCGUGUUUGGACGCUGGCAGGUCGCGCAAAGAACACCGAUGUUGAUCCGCACACACACGCGGAUGCACAUCUGGCGUCCUACGUCGACUGCGCCGUCCCGUCGCGAGCAUGUUUCGGCUACAUCAGUGACAUGGCCCUGUGGACCGACGAGACUGGCGACACGCAAGUGCUGCUAGUCGACCAGACCCACCACGCCCUCCGCAUCCUGGACGCACACGGCGGCGUCUCCACCUACGUCGGGCCCUUGGACUACGAGGUGACGAGCAUGGCCUCGCCGUCAACGACAAACACUCCAGCGGCCGAUUCGCUGCCACCAGGGCUUGUGUUUCCGUGCUGCCUAACGGUGGGCGCGCUCAUUAAGGAGCGAUCCCCGGCGCUGCUGAGCGCCGCCACUACCACCGCCGCUGCCACCAUGAUCACCCCUCAGCCCUACCUCUGCUCGUCCAGCCCGCUGCUCUUCACGGCAAGCGCCAUAACAGGUGCCGUGUCGGUGUUGCUGCCCAUCUCGCAGCGCAGUGCUCAGACACCUUGGAACGUACAGGAGAACCAGCACCGGCUCAAAGUCACGGAGACUAGAGAAGGGGAGGUGAAGUCCAACGGCGACAGUGACGUUGCCUCGAUAUUCGCCACCAUCCGUGGUGCCCUUGAGCUGGGCGUGGCCACCGAAGGUCGCCGCAUCAUCGGUGAAGCCACCACGCCCUCUCUCAAGCACGUGGUGGUAGGCUGGGCCGCGGACGAGGCUGACAGCGACGGGGCGGAGAGCGCACGCGCAGCACGUCGGCUGUCGCGAGUGGCGAGUGCGCAGCAAGCCUUGCAGUAUCUGCGGCUGCGCUUCCCGUGGCUACUGCCGCCGUCCGUGCCGCAACUGAGUACGCGCCUCGUUGCCGGCUGUGCCUGUCAUGUAUCCGGCAAGCGUCGCAGCGCCGCAGCCGCAGCCCCGGCAGCUGCACGCAACGCGGUCGGUCUUCCUUGCCACACCGGCAGCAGCAGCCAAGGCGCUGGUGCGAUUUCGGGUGUACUGCCGAACGGCGCCAAGCGGGAAAGGGGAGGCGUGGCCGCGGCGACCUCGACCGCGCAGCAGCGGCGACUUCUGCUUUUUCAAAGUCCUCCGCGCCAUCCUCCGAUCAUGACGCCCCGGUGCCCAUCAGCCGAAAAAGACGCAGCCGUAGCAGCAGCGGCGAAGGAGUUAGGGACGCUGUUGCUCGAGCCGGCGCUGCUUUCCGCUACACCACCGCGCAUGGUGGAGGUCCUCGACCCGCACCCCGACGGUGUCGGUGGCGAUGGUGCUGCGGCAGGCGAUCCACAGGCACUUGAUGCGAGUCCCAGCAGCCCAUCCCGUGCCCUGUCGCCGCGGCGCUCCGACACCGACCCCAAUAUCGAGGAGGGCGAAGGCGGCGCGCGACGAUGCAACACCAGCAGCAACCCUCUGCAGCCGGAGGAUAAGGAAGAGGGUGAGCAAAAAGCCGACGGCGGCGAUGCGGGCGGUGGCCGCGCGGCGGCGAAGUGGCUGGCACCACCGCUGAAGAGCGUCUCUCGCUCCCCGAGCGGCAGCAGAAGCAGGGGACAGCAGCAACAGCAGCCUGUCGACCUCGCCACGUCCCCUUCAGUGCCGCCUUCGCUCACCUACGCCGGACGAUUCGAAGAGUGGACGCCAGAGCAGCGCCAACAGCGUCUGCGCAGCACGCAAGAGAUCCCCAUCUCCACGACGAGUGUCCGCACAAGCCCGUGUGGGAUGCCGUGUGCGCUGCACAAGCAGCAGCACCAGCAACAACAACAGGGGGCAGAGGAUAAUGACAGCCCUUCACAGUGGUGCCAGUCCGCAGCCCGUGAGUCGCCGCCGCUAUCGUCACCAAUUUCGUCGUCGCGCCCGCGUGGCGAGCGAGCCGCAUCCCCAAACAACUUGAGCGGUCGCGGCAGUCCACCGCUGACGCCGCGAGCGAUGGUGGCGCACCAGCUCAUGCAGCGUCGCCGCACCAGUCGGAGUAGCACUGCCCCGCAUGCUGCAUCGAUAGAGGGUGGUGCGAGAGGGUCAAGCCAGUGUAAAAAAGCGGCCGUCGCAGAGGUUCAUGAUGAUAACAUCAGCCCACUAUCGCAGGCGCCACAGCAGCCGGAAGGCUUGCAAGGUGGUGCCGCGACUGUGGAGCCACUGGCGAUGCCAGCUGUCCCUGAUCGACACCUUCUGCAGUCGUAUUGUGCAGGCCGGCAGCUGCACGAGGCCUACGAUGCGGCAGUGCGGCGACUGUUCCGUGUCUACAGUUAUCUGGCGACCAAGAUCGUUACGACGGCAACGACAGCGAGCGCUGCACCUUUAGCAGCAGGAGCCAAUGGGGGUGCGGACCCGCGGAUCGCUGCGGUGGGAAAUCGCCGUGGCAGAGCACCGUCGCCGUGGGCCACGCACCGGCCUCACCAGGUGGAGCAGUACACCAUGUCCUUUGCGGCCUUCUUUCGAUUCGUCGUGCUCACCGGCUACGCCGACUACCUCGCCGAGGUGGCCGUUGCGGCAGUCACUGCGGUGGCGACGGGCGCACCAGUCAAAGACAGCGCCGACGAUCGCGCCGCAGCCCGUGCGAGCAGCGCGUCGUCACUGGUGUCGCUGCUGUGUCGGCUUAGCCAAGUGCAACAGCGCCGAGGCGGCAGCAGCGGCAGCGCCGGGACACGGCGAUGGAGUAGCGCAUCCGCGUCCCCGCCGACAGCGCCACCCGGGGCGGCAGCCGCACUGGCAUCGUCGUCCUCGCAUUCCAGGCACCCUACCCCCUCCAACGUGCUAGUGGUGCCGCUGGCCGCCACUGACGCCCGCGCCAUUGCGGCGGUGCUGUACGCGUGCGGUGUGCGCCAGAAGGGCUACCAUACAGUAACGCAGAUGGACUUCCAGAGGUUUCGAAGAGCCGCGCUGCUGCUCUACACGUGGACGCGUACUGCGACCUGCGCAGAGGCAGCGACGAAGAGCGCAACAGCGGACAAUGACGUCGUGCAAAGUGAAGGACGCAGUGCUCACCGCAAGCCUGGCAGGCGAAGCGACACGGAUGCCGCCGCCUUCGCCUACGUGGACAACGUUCCUUCACUAGACGCCCUCACGUCAGAGGAGGUGGUGGUUGCCUACACGGCCGUGUACGAGCGCGCCGUGCGUUGCAUCCCGGCCCUAGCGAUGUCGUUUGCACCCGACGGCACCAACAGAGAGGAGGCGGACCACGACGUGGCCGAAGCAUGCGACAAAGCCAGGCAGCGUAGCGAUGUGCUGCGGCAAGACCGCCCAAUGAACUCGAUGCGCGCAUCAGACAGAGCCCCAUCACAGCUCAUGGCCGUGGGCACUGGCUCGCCCGGCGCGACGACGUCGCACCUAAGCAGUUUCGAGGAUGCGAUGGGUGGCAGCCAUUGGGGCGGCGGCGGCGGCGUUGGUGGCAAAGCCGUAGGCGUGGAUGAGGCCGUCACCCCGCCUGUGUCGCCCAUCGCCACUGCAGGGGCUGCCGAUGACUUCUCCUGUCUCGCCCUAGAUGGUGGUGACUCAGCCAGGAGUCCAAAAGGCGUGGCGAAAGGGACGCCUUCGGCCGCGCAGAGCAGCGAUGACGCGGCCAUCCUCUUUCCACCCUGUGGGCUUACACCACACGAAACCCUUGCCCUCGAUGAGCUUCUGCGCCUCCUGCAGCGCAACGAGUCAACGCUGCGGCAGCUCUUUGAGGCCUACAGCGUGCCAAUCACCGUGCACCGCUCACCGCAGUACGAGGCUCCGUCUUCAGCAGCAGCAGCAGCAGCAACCUCGAGCCCGAGUUCAUUGCUCACGAGUAGUCCUGAACUCUCGCUGGUCCUCGGCGACGGUGGGAUGGCAGUGGCACGGCAGCCGCGGCACACGUCAGGGAAGUCGUUGGCGUCGAAGUCUGUCGACGGAUCACCAGAAGCCUCACGCCAUCUGGUGGUCGCGCACCGCAAUCGCCAGUCUGCGGCCAGAGCACGCACCACGUCGUCUGCAAUGGCCGCUGCGGCAACAGCAGUAACACCGCCGGACGUUGUGCAUGGCUCCACCGCACUGUCUGGCGUCUCGGCACGGCAGCAAGACGUAUCAUGGAAGGUGCAGCAGCUCUACACCAUGAGCGCUGUAGAUAACAAGGAGGCCUACGAGCGCACGAGUAGCGUGCUGCAUGUGAUACCCUUUAAGCUGUUUGUUGAUCUCUGGCGCACACUCGACGUGUUCCCUUCGCUGAUGCGCACGGGGGCGAUGCAGCAGGCGUUUUUCGAUGCGCUCACCACGCCCUUGCUUCGGGGCGUGACGUCGUCGCCAGGGAAAGCAACGGGCGCGCUACUUCAGGAGCAAGGGCAGUCACCACUACCGUCUUACACGCCCUCUGAUGCCCUACCCGACAGACGCACAGUCGAGUUGUUGUGCGCGCAUGGCGGGCUGCCCUACGCCUGCUUCGUCGAGUCCUUUGUCCGUGUGGCCCUCACCGUCUUUUCCCACACGGUGGACCGGAUCGCGUACCCGACGGCCACUGCGAAGACCGCCGGGUUGAUGCAGUGGUGCAACAAGCAGGUCACUCUAGGCCUAGUGGCGAGGCGAGUGCAGCAGCAACUCCGUGUCCCGGUGAACGGGGGGCACGGAGCGAGCACGAGAGCCUCGAUGGCGCCGUCUGCAGCAGCAGCAGCAUCGACAUCAGUAUCAUGUGCAACGCGAGCUGCGGGUAUCUUUCCCGAUCAGCUGCGGCUGUUUCGCCUACCGACAGCGCCGAAGUCGAGCGCUGCACCACCAGAGACGGGUUGA